ACAUCAGAUCUCCACAUCAUGCGCACGAUCUAUCUGAAUCAGUAACAAAGGGCAAUCGCUAAGCUUAGUUUUUUUUAAGUUUACAUUUUGUGACUUCCCCCGCGUCGAGCUUUGCCCGUCUCCAAAAAACAUGUUUACGGGGGUUAUCCGCAAUGGAGAACCCGAAUAAGUUGCAGCACGACAGAGUGGUUUAAACGUUGGCUCUUAAAUGUGGCAACGUAAGUGAAAUGGGUGAAGACGCCUCUAUUUCACAACGACGCUGGCAGCUAAAGUAGAGGUGGGCAGGAUGGGGGAGCGGGCCGUCAGCAGCUCGGUGGCUGCUAUCUCUCCAGUGCAGCAGAUGCUGGCUUCUGGCACUGGAGCCCUCCUCACAUCUAUUUUUGUCACACCGCUGGACGUUGUGAAGAUCAGGCUGCAGGCUCAGCAAACACCGUUCCACCAAGCUUUAGCGUGUGAAUCGGCUCCGUGGGGGGGCGUCAUCCGCCCAUCCAAGUGGAAGUGUUUCCUGUAUUGUAACGGACUGAUGGAUCACAUCUAUGUGUGUCAGAAUGGAACCAGUUGCACCAGCUGGUACAAAACACCAACACAUUUCAGUGGGACACUUGAUGCUUUUGUGAAAAUCAGCCGACAUGAAGGACUCAGGUCUCUGUGGAGUGGACUACCACCAACACUGGUUAUGGCUGUACCUGCCACUAUCAUCUACUUCACCUGCUACGACCAGCUGCGGGACUUCCUGAGAUACGGUCUGGGUUUCCAGGGCAGCCACAUCCCUCUUGUUGCUGGGGGUCUGGCCAGAUUGGGGGCAGUGACGGUGAUCAGCCCUCUGGAGCUGGUCAGGACCAAGAUGCAGUCCCGCCGGCUGUCCUACAGUGAGCUGCGGGUGUGUAUCCGCUCUGCUGUGGCUCAGGACGGCCUGCUGUCGCUGUGGAGGGGCUGGGGACCCACCGUUCUCAGAGAUGUACCCUUCUCUGCUUUGUACUGGUUUAACUAUGAACUGGUGAAGGCCCGGCUGUGUGAACGGUCCCGAAUGACUCAGGCCAACGUCUCCAUCAGCUUUACUGCAGGAGCCAUCUCUGGAGCUAUUGCUGCGAUCCUGACGCUGCCUUUUGAUGUGGUGAAGACACGGAGACAGAUCCAGCUAGGAGAAAUGGACACUCUGGGAGUUUCCUUAAAGAAAACCACGUCCACGUGGCACAUAAUGAAGGAAAUAUGGGCUGAGAUGGGCUACAGGGGUCUUUUUGCAGGUUUCAUGCCCAGGGUGAUCAAAGUGGCCCCAGCCUGCGCUGUCAUGAUAAGCACCUAUGAGUUUGGAAAGACCUUCUUCCAAAAGAUGAACCUUGAUCGCGAGGGACUGGGAUCCUGAAGGCUGUCUGUAUGGUGCUGGGUGAUAGUUCACAGCAGCACAUUCAGACAGUGUUAUCAGGACAAAGUCUUCUCAAACAGAAGCUUGAGGAACAGUCGGGCCUGCAUUUGGUUUUGUGUGAACAUAAAAUAUGAAGAGUCACCCACAAAUCAGGGAUGUUUCUUCUUUCAAAUCUGCUCUCUGGAAAUGUAAACAGAUUGAUAAGACUUGACACACCGUACAUCCAUGAGCUGAAUAACAAGCUUGAACAACAAGCAAUGGUGAUAAACCUGUUCAGGACAUUGGUGUGCGGUUUAAUGCUUGAUGGGAAAAUGUAAACCCUCUUAAGGGCUAAACUGCAUCAGAACUGAAGCAUGAAUAAGAUGUUCUUACUCCCACAUGUUUUUGCAUUGCCUGAGACCAACUGCAUGGUGUGUACAACCCUCUUCAAUACAGAAUCCAGAUACGCUGGUCCACCCUGCAUUCGCUUUACUGCAUUCUCCUGCAUUCCUGUAGCAGUAAAGCAUGGCAGUUUUGACAUCUGUGAAAUGAAAUCUUAAAGAUAAAUACAUGUUUUUAUGUUAGUUUAUGUUAGUCUCAUCUCGUCUCAUAACUGGAGGCUAAGCUACAGUAUAUGAAACACGAGGCCUGAUGGCAAGAUUAAAACAAGCCUUCUUGGAAGAUAUGUUUUCAUUGGUACAUUAAUUUACCCUUUUUAUGCUAUUAUAUUACAACAACAACAAAUAAUUCAUGAACAUUUUGAGCACAAUUAUUUUGUGAAAGCUGCUGCAGCCAGCUUCCCAAAAAGCACCCAGAUUUUGUUAAACAUUUUUUUUUAAGACUUUUUAUGUAAUAAAGAAAACACAAGAGGCUUCCCAAACUUGCCCUUGAUGGUAUUCUGGUGAUGAAAUGCUUUGAAUAUCUUCCCUACAAUAAACAUAACAUCAAAAUGUGUGGAAACACUGGAUCAUAAAGAAAAACAUUGCUGCCUUAACCUGAAAGGUGUAAAUCUUUCCUCUUGUUUUUUUUUUUGUUUUUUUGUUUUUAUAAAUGAAAUGGAAA